CCGGAGCACGAAACAACCCCCAGGCACAAGCAGGAGUUUUUAGACAAGCCAGAGGAUGUUUUGCUGAAGCAUCAGGCCAGCAUCAAUGAGCUGAAGCGGACUCUGAAGGAGCCCAACAGCAAGCUGGUUCACAGGGAGCGGGACAGGAGGCUGCCUUCCUCACCAGCUUCUUCCUCACCCAAGCACGAGGAUGAAACACCAAAGGGAACACCUGAAAAGGCCACUGAGAGAGCAGGUGUGAGGGAGGGCACCGAGGAGAGAGCUAAACCGCCUCGGCACAGGGCCCCUGAGAGCGACACAGGGGAUGAGGAGCCUGACCAGGAGAAGGACUCGGUCUUCCUGAAGGACAACCACCUGGCCAUCGAGCGCAAGUGCUCCAGCAUCACGGUCAGCUCAACCUCCAGCCUGGAAGCAGAGGUGGACUUCACCGUGAUCGGUGACUACCAUGGCACAGCCUUUGAGGACAUCUCCCGGAGCCUGCCCGAGCUGGACAAGGACAAGAGUGAAACAGAAGAUGAGGGCUUGAUUUCCUUCCAGCACAAAGUAGUUCCUGGACUGGAAGAGGAUGUCAAAAGCAAGGAGAAGGUCUCCCAGCCGAGCUCAGAUGUCUCCCAUCUAGAGCCAUCAGCCCCCAAAGUGGAUGGUGUGACCGUCGGCCUGGGGCCGGGCGUGAAGAAAGCUGAAGCAGAUGGCUCCGCUCCCCACCGGGUUGGCACCACAGACUCAGCCCAGGUGGAUGGAGCCCCCCCAGGCAGCAGGGACACCACUGCCACGGCCCAGGCUGGCACCGCAGAGACAGCACCGGCGACCUCAGAUCACAGCACCAAGGCUGGGAAAGGGGCUGCUCCGGCCACAGAUCUUCGCUCCCUCUCACCGAUCUCUGGCAGCUCCGCUGGGAAGGAGGUGCUCACCAGCAUAUUCAGUGCCACUGCAGAAACUCUCUCCACUUCCACCACUACCCACGUUACCAAGACUGUGAAAGGAGGAUUUUCCGAGACCCGGAUAGAGAAGCGCAUCAUUAUCACAGGAGAUGAAGAUGUGGACCAGGACCAGGCACUGGCUUUAGCAAUCAAAGAGGCAAAACUCCAGCACCCUGACAUGCUGGUAACCAAAGCUGUGGUAUACAGAGAAACAGACACCUCUCCAGAGGAAAGAGACAAGAAACCUCAGGUAGGUGGAGGAGCUGCCAG